UCUUACUAUAAUAGGACGACGCAAUGCAACGCACAUACCGGAAUUCUAAGCUUAAAAAAGAACUAUCGUAUAAAUUUUAACUAAAACAGGUUGAACAAAUUCAAAUAAAAAGGAAAGUAGCGUGCUUUUGUUACUUGAUCGUUUUUGUGUUUUAGUACUACAAAAAUAUUAGAAAAUUCAUGAAAUUAAAUCAUUCAAAAUUCACCUAAACUGGUAAUCCAGUUUGACACUGUCUGUUUGAAUAAAUGCUUAUACAGUCGUUUUUAUUAGUAGUAAGAUUAUGAAAAAGUCUUUUAAAAAUUGUCUACAAAAUUAGAAAUCUUCGUUCGAAGUUUGUUUUUAGUUAUUUAGCAUAAUAUUUUUUUAUGGAAAAACCUAGUUAAAAAAAAUGAUGUAUUUUUGUACGCUUCCGAAAUAACAAAUAAUUUAACAAAAUGAAAACGGCUUUAGAAAAAAUUUUGUCAGAUGGUUUAAGAACCUCUACGAACGGUUUAUUGGCAAUAAAUACUGAUAUAAAGAAUACUCUAGGAAAUGAAGGUAAUCUUUUUAAUACAUUUUCGUUUGCUUAGUGGCAUUUUUGUUUUGUUUAUACCCAGUCCUUGAUUGAAAAACAACAUUAUGGAAUGUGUUUUGGAGGAAGAAUCAACUCGUACUUUGUCCGAUGACACAUCCUUAUCGCUUAUUCUAGGUUUUCAAAUGAAGAAAUUUAUUCAAACAAGAAGUCAUUCUCAAGUUUAUGGUAAGGUGGACAAGGACCCUCGAAGUUACAAUAUGAUAGAGGAAACGAACAUUCAAAGGAAAUAUACCACUGUUAGUGGGCUAGAUUUGGAGGCUCGUAUGCUGUAUCGAAAAAGUACUGAUUUAGACUCUUCUUGUAGUGAAGAGUCUUCCAGAACAUCCUCUUCCAAAAUGGACAGUUCGCGAAAACAAAAGAGUUCAAACUGUGAAACGAAAAUAAAGGGUUAUAAGUAUCAAAAGAAUCCACAACCUUUUUCAUUGUCUCAUACGAAUGAAAUGUUUCAAACCAAUGAAGCUUUUCAAAAAUCAAAAACGGACCAUAUACGUUCAAUAAACAUUGGGAAUGAUGCGCUAUCUUUGAGCGCACGGCACAGUACGAGUAGUAAGCCGAAUGAGGAACAUCAUGACAACUGCGCAACUCGUUCAACGAACGGCGAAAAUAACACUUAUACUAAAGUAGUAGAUGACGGUGCAGAAACAAACGCCUCGAAUCAGACAUUCAGCGGAAUUGUAUCAAAGGAUCAGUGUCUUCUUGUGGAGAAAGAACCCUUCUUUUUAAUGAUUUUAUUAAUUGAUAGUGUCGCAAUAGUCGAAAAAUCGUUAAAAAAUGUUCCUUUUCAUUUUCAUCUUAGUUGGAUUGCUGUGUUGUAUAAUUUGAAAUGUGUAGGUUCGAAAAGUGUGUCGUCACCUACAUAUUUUUUUAAUGGGAUGGUAUCCGAAAAAAAAGAAAAUGACCACUCAUCUAAAAAAUCAUCCUUCAAGCCAACAUUAAAGUCACUUGAUUGGUGCACGUAUCUGGAAACUCAACUCAAUUCAUCCUCAGCGCAGCAGGCGAUUUCCCCUCUGUAUCUUCACAAAAGUUCUACGAAGGAAGCCAUAUUUCAUGGAAAAAUUGUACUCAAUCUAACGCAUGAAAAAAGCAACGAAACGUUAGCUCUAGCAGCAUUCAAUGUGAAUGAUCUGGGUGCGUCGGAUGUUUUUCGUAAAUUAAAUGUGGAGUUGCUUACAACAGCAGGAGUUUUUGCUAUCAUCACUCUCUACGUAGCUUGUCAAAAACGAUGGGUUAAGGUCCAUCCAUCAACGUUGGAGUGUGAGCCAAGCUCUUUCCAAAAUAAUGGUUCGCCUUUUUACAAUGUGGAUCAGGAUGAUCAGGCUUACUUUUUACAUCAAUUUGUGACUCAAGAAAUCAUUCAAAGUCGAGAUUUGAAUGAAUUGGAAAGUUGUCAAAGUUAUCAUACAGACGUUACUGAAACUGAUUCAAUAGAAGACACUAGCCGAAAAGUCGACGCUGCUAAAGCGCCAGUCAAACGUGAUUUACAGCUGUUGUCAAAUUUAUCGCGUUUUACAAAGGUUCAUGAUUCGAUUCAUUCACCGUCGGAUUCGUCGAAUGACUCUUAUUGCGAAGAAAAGAUAUCAGUCCCACCUGUAACAACACAGAGUGUUAGUUUACAAGACAGUUUAGAAAUCGCUGAAGAUGCAACAAGUGUCAUUCAAAGCCAAGAUGCAUGUGCUGGAAUAACGAAUAACGUAAAGCUGUCGAGUGUAAUUAGCGAAAACGUUUAUAAAAAACGACCAAGCGUUUGUGAAGGAUUGCGGAAUAAGAAAGAAAUUCAUGUCAGCACGAUAAGGAAGGGAAAAAAUGACGAAACGGAAGGGAAGCCAUGCGUUGAGGAAUCGUUACAACAGGAGACAGAAUGGAGCAAUUGUAAACCAACUUUCGAAAUGAACACUGAAAAAUCGAAAACAGGACUUCGUGAGUUGUUUCACGUGUGUCAACAAUUAACGGAGAUUCCCGAUAAUACGACAUUAGUGUUGAAACAAGAACGAUCUUUAUCAGCCGAUAACUCUCCUCAUGUUCUUUUAAGGAAAGCCAUUCAUCUCUGUAUUGGUUUGUGCCAACAAGUCACGCAAUCCUCAAAUAACAAAGAAGCGACGGAAGCCAAAGAGUAUCUAGAAACAUUACGUAAUUUGGCAAAUCGUAUUGGACGCUCUUUAGAAGAGUCUGUAGUUUGUGACAGAUUACAGUGUAAUACUGACUCGAAUGAGUGUGAAAAAGUUCAGUCAUUGAGUCGUACCAAAAAUACUAAUGCUGUCCCAAUCGACAAUGUUUCGUACGCUAAUUCAACGGAGUACAUAUCGCAUACAAGUGAAAAGGGAGGGCACACAGACACGACCUUUUAUGUGGACUCACAGGACCCUAAAGAUGUGUUAAGUGAGCCACAAGUUUAUAAAAAUUCAGAAACCUUAUCGACGUUGCAUGGGAAAAAGCCGUUUGACAAGAAUUACUUGUGUCUAGGUUACUCUUCUAAUGCAAUGGUUUGGAAGCGUUCACAGUUAAAUCAUAAAGAAGAUACCUCUUCAUUACAUGGUGUGGAGUGCAGCGCAAGUAGUUCUUUACCCAAAAUUUUAGGUCAACCAGAUAAAUGUGAACGUCUGUUUCCUGAAUAUCAUACCAAUGCUUCGCCUGAAAAACAUUCAAUGAAUGAUUGUCAAUCCAAGUCGAGUUCGCGUCCAAUGUAUUCACACCAUGCAGGAGAAACACCUCAAUUGAGUCGACUAGACAAUGGUGUGAAUUUUUUCGAGAAAACAAAUCGUAUAGACUGUGACUCUAAUGAUAAUAAAAAACAAGACAACAUAUUUCAACAUUCUGAAAAUUCCCCAUACCAAGCUGCUUCUUUUAAAAAAAUGCCGUUUGGUCUUGAAAUCAAUCAAAAAAAUUAUUGCACAAUGAAAAACAAGUUAGUGGACGUUGAACAAAAUUCACUGCACGACGCACAACUUUAUGAUUUCGUACGACCGCACGGUGAACUAAAACAGUGUAAUAAAGCAGAUUCAAAUGAAAAUUCAGAAAUAGAAUGGCAUACUUUUCCUAACAAAAUAAAUGAAACUAGUAGAGUUUUUAAAAAAGAACCACCCUGCUUGAAGGAACAUAUUUCGAAAUCAUCCAGUUCGACGCGUCAAGAAAAAAUUCUCACUCCGCCAACGUUUCUGAUGAAAAAAAAGACGUUAAGUCGACCUAACAUGUUGAACAAGCCUUCGUAUUACGAUUCUGUGACAAGUCGUAGUAUGGAAAGAGUCGAUUCCCAAACAAGCGCAGUGGACACACCUUUGUACCCUUGGAAGAGCGAUAACCCUGAAAUCUCACAUGAUGAAAUGGACACUCAUUUUUUCUUUAGGAAAUUCACUACUCAAAACAAAGAAAAUUUAGGUUUAGUAGAACGAAGUUUUGAUGACUCAAAAAGGAUUUUUUACAGACACUUUGACGCUACAGAAAAGGCGGGAAAUACAAUGUCGUUACCGCAGGCUCCACAAGAAAGUGUUGUAUUGAAACGGCAUUCAACCUCGACCGAAUCCCCUUAUUUUACUUUCAACAAGGACGCUGAUCACAUUAGCGUUAGUGGAUCCAAUCGACAAGCACCAGUUAAUACAUAUCCUAAGGUAGUAGAAGGAUUGCAAAGCCGCUAUGAUGUAUGGGAAUCGAAAAGAAACACUACAUCAACGAGUUCAAUAGAUGGAGAAACUGCGGAAGGGAAGGAACAAACGAAAAUGACCGGAAAUAAACAUCAUGCUUUACGACGUAUGACAUCAGCACAUAUUCCAAGCGUACAAGAAUCGAAAAAAAAAUCAUUAUGUGACCUGGAAGGAUAUCGGACAAUAGCAUCGCUCCCAGUACCGGAUGAAAAUUUUUUACCAAACCAGAAUCACGUGAAAAAAAAAACUGUGAGUAACGCACUCCAAUAUAAUAAGGAUUUAUAUGGAGGUACUAGAGUGAGCGUUAUAAAGGAACGCUUGAAUUACACGCGCAUAUUGGAAAAAACUCAAUCAGAAGAUGAGUUUCUUCAACCAUCCACUUUGUUAUUUAACGGAUCAAACGCUCAACUUGAGGCAAGACAAAAACCGCGGUACCGACAUAAGAAUACUCAAGGUUUUGUGAAAAAGGAGUACGCGCGGCAAGCUGAGAAUUGCAGUGAUUCACCGGAGGAUCACGCAUCUACUUAUCAGUUCCUCGGUACUCAUGUAACAAAACCCACUACCAAGCAUGAAUCUAAUCAUAUUGACGUUUAUGGUAAAAAAAAUAUGAAUGCUUCAUUAAACGACAUUCCCUCGUCAUCGUGUCCGUCAAGCGAACCUGUUGAUAAAUCUCCACACCAAAACGAGUCAAACUCAAACCAACGCCUUGAUGAUUUGUUACCUUUCAAAAAACAAGUGUCACACAUCCAUACAAGAAGAAAGAAUUCUUUAGCUUACCACACAUAUGGUGACGUUCCAGCGCUUCAACAAUCAAGAACAAAGUGCUGCACCGCAGUACCCAAGUUAGCUUUACAUGAGGAAAAUGAAGGGCAUUUAUCUGAUGUACAAGUAGGAUUCGUUACACCUCCGUUGCCAGCUAAACCAUUACCAACGCGUCGCCACCAUGGCUCUUUUAUGUGCUCAACUUUUCCCUUACAAUGUGGUAAUACGCGUGCACCGCUUUUAGGGGGAGCUCUUGCAAACAAUUCAAGUCAUUAAAA